AUGUUACUGAUAAUCGUGGAUGCCUAUAGUAAAUGGCUGGAAGUAAAAGUCACAAGUUCUACAACGACAUCAGCGACAACCGCUAUUCUUGAAGAAAUAUUUGCAGCAUAUGGUUCUCCAAUCACCAUUGUAAUCGAUAAUGGUCCACAGUUUACGGCAGCUGAAUUUAAAUCGUUUUUACGGACAAACGGUGUCAAGUAUCACAAGAAGACAGCGCCGUAUCACCCGUCAACGAAUAGGCAGGCUGAGCGUUAUGUUCAAACGGUCAAGGACGCGCUCAAAAAUAUGGCAACUACACCGGCAACAUUGCAGCAUAAUUUACAUCAGUUUUUGCGUCAAUACAGGAAAGCACCUCACGCAACGACAGGGCAAUCACCAGCGCAACUAUUCCUUGGACGUUCUAUACGAACAAAUCUUGAUCUCGUAAGACCAGAAGAAACGAACGUGCGAGUGACCCAGAAGCUGCAACAAGCAUCGAUCAACACAAUGUUUCGCGAAUUUCAACCGAAGCAAUUAGUUUAUUUUUUAUCCGGAAAUCCUCGUAUGGAUAAAUGGUUACCCGGCAUUGUUGUUACCCGCCUUGGAGAUUUGCACUACGAGAUAGACUAUUCAGGCAAGAAGAUCAAACGACAUGCUGAUCAAAUCAGGAAUCGACCAGUUCGUGAGAAACGAAUGCAACGAACGAAUUGGCCGACACACGACGAAUCAUUCAAGCAACCUCGUCGUAUACACUUUUAUGGAAAGGAGCAUAAUCUUCGCGAUAAAACGCCUCCAUCAACACCGAGGUACGAAUCUGAGAGCGACUCUUACGUGACAGGAUCGUCAGGUUCAUUGACCCCGACAAAUAGUCCUCGCGAACGGAGGUCUUCACCACCGUUAUCUCUCCGUAGAUCAUCACGUAUAAGUCGUCCGCCGCAACGAUUUGUACCAGGUUAA